AUGAAUCUAGAUGCAUUUAAAACAAAUUUGAUUAAAAUGACUGCAUCUGGACUUAUAUUAUAUCUAAAGCAAAAUAAUUUACUGAUUGGUGGUCGCGUAUGUAUAGCCUGUUCACUAAUGUGCAAGGAGGCAUUUUAUAGUAAGGUAAAAGACAAACUUGCUUGGCAUUGUGGCAAUGUCUAUUGUGUAAAAUAA